AUCAGAGCACAAAACCGUGUUCUGAGACCCCCURCAUUGAUUUUCUGAGUUAAUGCCGAUUGGCUGUUACAACGGUCUUUUUGAUUGGUCAAUCACAUGAGCAUCACAUUUCGUUCAAAAUGGCGUCUGAAAGUGUGUGGGAAAGAGCGUUUUUAGCUGUCGAAAGCCAGUUUGAAGUUCCUAGCCUUUUACCUGAACAGAAACAAGCAAUCCAAGGGUUCUUUGAAAGUCAAAAUGUCUUCGUAAAUUUACCAACAGGGUACGGGAAGUCACUGAUCUUUCAGUGUCUACCCACUGUGUCCGAUAUUAUCCAUCAGAAAGAGAGAGGUUCAAGUAUAAUCGUUGUYCUCUCUCCGCUUAUCUCUCUCAUGAAAGACCAUGUUAAUUAUCUGGGCAGAGUGGGUGUUCCAGCGAUUUCCAUUGGCGACGAGGAAGAUCCUGAUAUUAUUCAACAGGUCAUGAAUGACAACUAUAUUGUUGUGUUUGGCUCUCCCGAGUGUUUUCUGUCGACAACAACAUGGCGAGGGUUAUUUAGUACUCCAAGUUUCAGAGAGAAGUUGAUUGGCGUGGUGGUAGAUGAAGCUCACUGCAUAGUUCAGUGGGGUUUGUCAGACACAAAAAAGGUGCCAUUUCGAAAAUGGUAUGCGUGCUUAGGUGAAUUAAACUCACUUAUUCCAAAAGGCACCCAAUUGAUGGUCUUGACUGCAACUGCCACCCAGGAAACGAAAAAACAAAUAAUUGCAACUCUAAACUUGGCACCAACAAAAUUUCUGAUGAUAGAGCAGUCACCAGAAAGACCGAACUUGUUUUACUGUUUGAAGUACAUUGAUAAAAAUGAACAAAUUGAAGUUGUAUUUGGCAACUUAAUUAAAGAAGCUGGAGAUCUUAGUGCAGGUACCCCUAGAACACUUAUAUACUGUCAAACACGAAAACAGUGCUCUGUAUUGUUUAGAGUGUUUGAAAUAUUUCUGGGAGAUAAAAUGUACAAAGAUGGAUGUACUCGUCCCCAAAACCGAUUAGUAGAAAUGUUCCAUGCAGGAACACCUAAACAAGUUAAAGAGCAUAUUUGUGACAACAUGACCAAGGAAGAUGGACAUUUACGAAUUGUGAUAUGCACAGUAGCUUUUGGAAUGGGGAUAAACUGCAGUCAAGUGAGAAGAGUCAUUCAUUUUGGACCCUCCAAGACUGUUGAACAGUACAUUCAGGAAUGUGGUUGUGCAGGACGUGAUGGUCUUCCAAGCUGCUGCAUUUUACUCUUCAAUGGAUUACUGUCAUCACUCAGUGAUAAGGAUAUGAAAAACUAUGUCCAGCAUGAAGGAUGUGCUCGUGUUUGGCUCAUGUCCCACUUUGAUAGUAAAGUGUCACGUUUACAUUUGCUGCACAAAUGUUGUGGAUUCUGUGCUCAGAAAUGUAGCUGUAAAGGUGAUGAUUGUGGGGAUAUUUGGAGUCCAUCGACUGAUAAUAAGCUGGGUCCACAAUUCAGCACAUCACCUGACAACAAAUUUUCAAGAGCUGUCACUCAGCAUCAAAAGAAGGCAUUGGCGAAGGAGCUGCAUCAGUUUCGGAAAGAAUUGCUGGAAAAGGCUGACAUGGAUAAGAUGGUGACUUGCCCUAAUUUACUGAUGGAGUUUAACUCCUUUYACAUCAAUCAAGUACUUGAACACUGUGAUGUUCUCUUCUCAAUUUCAGACAUUUUAAAGUCAGUUGAAAUUUGGCGAAUGCAGUAUGCUAAUGGCAUUCUACAAGCUUUGAGUUCUGUUUGUAAUGACAUUYAACUGAAUAGUCUAGAAGAUGAUGAAGGCCCAAUUUCAUUGGAGAUGUCCAACUACUCAAAGUGGAGCCAGAUCAGGGAUGAUUCAACUCUUGCUGAACUGUUUAACAGCCAUGAUUUGGAGGAACUUAGCUCAUUUCAUAUCUGUAUGGAUACAAUUGGCAGUAGUUUUGAAGAGUCAUUUUAA